AUGAAUUUGCCACCUCCUGUAACAAAGAAGGCUUACAAUGACCAUCAAAUCCAAAUAAAAACCAUUGCGGCAGACAAUGCUGAAACGUUGAUGAAGGAUGCGGCAAAGCGACUGGUUGACAAGGUCGCCAUGGAAAGCCCGGAUGACAUUGAAGAUGAUGGAACUACUGUUGUCGCAAAUGUGUCGGUUACAAUUGAUGGAACAUGGCAAAAAAGAGGACAUUCAUCAAGAAUUGGUGUUACUUUUGUUAUAUCCGUGGACACUGAUGAGGUCCUAGAUUACUGUGUCAAGUUCCUGUUUUGUCAUGAGUGUAAAUCUCAUGGAAACAUGAAUGCUGAAAGCGAAGAAUACCAGUCUUGGAAAGAAUGCCAUGAACCACCAUACAGGUUCAUCAGAAGAAAUGGAAGCUGCUUCAGCCACUGA